ACAGAUGACAUUGUAAUAAAUUUGUGCCCAGAGUCAAUGUGACAGUGAAAAAUAGCUUGCUUCGUCAUACAUGGUAACGGGUUUGCAGAGAUAUCUUUUAACAAAGAUUCUCCAAUGUAAGGAUAAAAAAAUACCUCACGCGACGAUAAUGCUAAAAAAAUCGCUUCAAAGUCCACCUGAGAAAAAAUUAAAACCAAAUCAAGGCUCGGUUAAUUUGAUUAAAAACUCGAAGUUUUCUACUGAACAUAACCUCAACACAGACACGAUGAUCAUUGACAAAAUGCAAACGGAAAAUCAGACACAGGAAAACUCUGUCUGCGUUACAAAGCAGUUAGGAGUGAAAGUUACUUAUUUAGAAACACCUGUUAAAUCUGAGAAUGACAUGAAAGAAUACAGAGUGAUUCAAUUAGAAAAUGGUUUAACUGCUCUGCUAAUUGCUGAUCUACACUCAUUUCAAGAUGACAAAAAUGAUGAUAAAGUGGAUGUAAUAAGUACGAUAAAUGAAGAGGAAGACGAUGAAGAAACUGAUAGUGAAGAGGAUGAAGAAGAAGAGAGUGAAGAAGAAAGUGACAUAGAGAAUAAUCAGUCAGAUUGUGAUAAAGAAGUUGAAGAUUCUUGUGUUUGCACUAAACGAAUAAAAAGAGAAGAGAAAAUGGCAGCUUGUGGAUUAUCAGUGGGUGUAGGAAGCUUCAGUGAUCCACCAGAAAUUCCAGGUUUGGCACAUUUUUUGGAGCACAUGGUUUUCAUGGGAUCAGAAAAAUAUUCUCAGGAAAAUGAUUUUGAUACAUUUAUUAAAAAAAGAGGUGGAUCGGAUAAUGCCUCCACUGAAUGUGAAUUAACAACCUUCUAUUUUGAAGUACAAGAAAAAUAUCUUUUAUCUGCACUUGAUCGUUUUGCUCAAUUUUUUAUUAAACCUUUAAUGAAGAAGGAUGCUAUAACCAGAGAACGUGAAGCUGUAGAAAGUGAAUUUCAGAUGGCUUUACCUUCUGAUUUUUGUAGAGAAGAACAGUUAUUUAGUAGCUUUGCUCAGCUGAAUCAUCCAGCAACAAAAUUUAGUUGGGGUAAUUUGAUUACAUUACGAGAUAAUGUAACAGAUGAAAAGCUCUAUGAAGAAUUGCAUAAGUUCAGAGAGCGUCACUAUAGUGCUCACAGAAUGAAACUUGCUAUACAGGCCAGGCUUCCACUUGAUGUAUUAGAAGACUAUGUGGUACAAUGUUUUGCAAAUGUACCAAAUAAUAAUUUACCACCUGAUGAUUUUACUCAGUUUAAAGGCGCAGAUUCAUUUAAUACAUCAUGUUUCAGAAAAAUUUAUAAAAUCAAACCUAUAAAAGAUGUCUGCCAAGUGAAGCUAACAUGGUCCAUGCCACCCCUUCAUGAUUUGUAUAAAAGCAAACCACAUCAAUACCUUUCCUGGAUCAUAGGAUAUGAAGGCAAAGGUUCUUUAAUUAGUUAUUUAAGGAGGAACAUGUGGUGUCUUAAGAUUUUUAGCGGAAAUGAAGAAAGUGGUUUCGAACAUAAUUCAAUGUACGCGCUGUUCAGCUUAUCUUUAAUGUUGACUGAGCAAGGAUACAAUCAUUUGCCGGAAGUAUUGAAUGCCAUAUUUUCAUUUAUCAAUUUAAUGCAUAAAGAAGGGCCACAGAAAAGAAUUUAUGAUGAGAUCUAUCAAAUUAAACAAAUGAAUUUCAUAUACGCAGAAGAGUCUCCAUCAGCAGAGUAUGUGGAAGCUUUAUGUGAAAACAUGCACUAUUAUCCACCUCUUGAUUAUAUCACUGGAAGUGAUUUAUAUUUUGAAUACAAUCCAGAAGCUAUACGAGGAUGCUUAAAUUAUUUAACACCCGAUGACGUAAACAUUAUAAUUUUUAAUAAAAAGUUUAAUGAUGAAGAAUUUGAUAAAGUAGAACCUUGGUUCAAAACCAAAUACACUGAUAUGGAGAUCCCUCAGGAGUGGAUAGAAUGUUGGAAGACUAUUGAACCUUUACCUGAAUUUCAUUUACCCUUACCCAAUGUGUUUCUCACAGAUGAUUUCAGUUUAAUUACAAUACCACCUGGUGUGCCUAAGUAUCCCAUAAAAAUCUAUUCAGACGAAAUAACCGAAAUUUGGUAUCGGCCUGAUCCGAAGUUUGGUUUACCUGAAUGUUAUAUGUAUUUUUGUAUUAUAUCACCAAUGGCUGUUUGUUCACUGAAAAGCGCAGUUUUGAUGGAUUUAUUCGUUGCUAUAUUAAACCAAUUAUUAGUGGAAACAUUGUAUCCAGCGACAGUUGCUGAAUUAAACCACGAUAUUUACACGGAUGAAAAGGGUAUUAUGCUUAAAGUAAAUGGAUUCAAUCAGAAAUUACCUCUUCUACUGACGAAUAUUGCAAAGUAUAUAGCUGAUUUUCCAACAUUGAUAAACAAAGAAUUUUUUGAUGUAAUGAAAGAAGAACAAAUUAAAGCAUAUUAUAAUAAUUUUGUAAAGCCCAAAAUGUUAGUUCGAGAUGUGAGAGCAUCAAUUCUUAUGCUAGUUCAUUGGAUGGCAGCGGAUAAGCACGUUGCAAUUCAUAAUGUGGAAUUUGCUGAAUUCCAGAAUUUUGUUAGACAUUUUACUGACCACAUUUAUAUUCAGUCUUUAGUACAAGGAAAUAUGGCCAAGGAUGAUGUGAUUAAAAACGUUCAGGAAUUUGUUAAAGCACUUAAAUGUGGACCAUUGUUGCCUAAUACUAUGCCACAGAUGAGAGUGGUGCAAAUACCAGUCGGUUCACACUAUUGCAAAGUAAAGAAUUUCAAUAGUACGGAUGUAAACUCUGUAGUGAUGAAUUACUAUCAAUCUGGUAUUUCAUCCAUCAAGUUAUUAGUCAUUAUCGAAUUAUUAAUUAUGAUCAUGGAGGAACCUCUUUUUAAUCAACUGAGGACACAAGAACAACUAGGUUACAAUGUUUUUUGUUUAUUAAGAGAUACUUUCGGUAUUCUUGGUUAUUCCAUCACUGUAUAUACUCAAGCGGAUAAGUAUAGCACUGAACACGUGGAUAGUAGAAUAGAAGCAUUUUUAGAGAUGUUUAAUAAUAUUCUGAAAGAGACUUCAGAGAAGGAUUUAGACAGUGUUAAGGAAGCAGUGAUAACAUUAAAACAGUGUGCGGAUAUACAUCUGAAAGAAGAAGUUGAUAGGAACUGGUCGGAAAUUAUAACUGGAGAUUAUAUGUUUGAGAGAAUAGAGAAUGAAUUAAAUAUGAUAGAGCACAUCAAGAUUGAUGAAUUGAGGGAAUGGAUAAAGUCUCACACAAUUAAUGGCAGUAAUUUUAGAAAAUUAAGUGUGCAUGUGGUUGGAAGUGAUAAAUCAUCUGAUACACAGAAUAAUGGAAAUGAAUUGCACGUGAAUGAAACUGAUUCUAACUUAAAAACAGAAAAACAUGGAAAUGUAAAAUAUUCAUUGAUUUACAUUCCUGCCAUGGAAAAGACUGAUAAAUCUUUGGUUCACAUCACUGAUAUUCAGGAGUACAAAAACAAACUGUAUAGCUAUCCUGUAAAUCACAUCACUUUAUGA